AUGGGCAGAUCGUCGCCUCCAUUCCUUUACGAUCGUCCCUCCAACUACAACUUUGAUGGCCCUAUCGGCCACUCUUUCGACCCCAGGGCCGUAACACGGGCGAGCUGGGCUCCCGCGCAGCUCAAGCCACAACCUGAAGGCCCGCUGAUCAACUUCAACAACGGUCGGACACAUUCGAAGCCAACAUGGACGCCGAUGAGUCCACACACCAAGACUCGAGUCCAAUAUGCGCGGUCAACACAGUUGGUUCUGCGGCUGGUGGCCUUUGUGGGCGCGCUGGGAUCACUCUUCUGCUCAAUUGUCAUGACACAUGUCCCGACUACGGUCAUCUGGAUCAUUCGGGCUGGGCCCAUCGUCGCGAUUCUUCACACGAUCUACGGAAUCUACCAUAUGUCCCGCUCCGCUGUAACCAGACCACCCUUCUCACAGGCUAGCUAUGGCUUGUUCGCUUCGACUCUGGAUGCUGGACUGAUCCCGUUCUAUAUCUUCACGGCAUUCAUGGCCCACGAGGAAUGGGCAGACAACGCAUACAACUGGGGCACUCUUUUCCAAAACGCGAGUUUUACAGUGGAUUUUGCGGAAGCCAUGUUCAUUUGCGGCGCUGCUAACGCGGGACUGCACUUGAUUUCAUUCACAUUGUCUAUCUUCCUUGCGGUCAUUUUCCGGAAGAUCGCACAUCUGCCCCCAGACAUGAACCCGCUUGAGGACAAUCUCACAGCUCGUCCUCGCAAGAAGCGCAUUAGAGAUGAGAUGGCCGAAAAGCAUAUGAGUCAAUCCACGCUGAAUUCCACCCUCGAAGACCCCCUGAUUGAUCCUCCUCGCACUAUACCCUUCAUGCAUACCCGAGGCCAGUCGUUGGGUAGUGAUAUGAAUCAUGAAUUCGUGGAUGUGACCAACAGUCGGCAGUCCCAGCCAGGCUUUUAUACGAAUCGACUAUCAAACCCUGAGACGCUCUUCCACCAGCCAGCCAGCCAGCCAUAUGAUCUGACCUCUGCGAUCCCAGCGCCGGGAUAUGGCAAUGUGACCAUGCACUCUCCAGAAUUCGUCAAUCCUAGUACCCACACCCGCCAAUUGACAUCGCGUGCGGCCAAUCGAACCGACACUGUAAGUCCUCUAUCAGAGAACUGGGUGGCAUAUUCCGAUCGCUCGCCGUCGCCAGUGAGUGAGAUCUAUAAUGAAAAGACCACCGAGCUUCGUCAAUCAUCGUCCGUCUACAGCCGGAAAACCAACACGACCACCACGUCGAACGGCAGCGGCAUUCGAGACUGGUUUGGAUAUGGCCGGAAAGCUAGUCUUGGAAGUGCCAUUCUGGAGGACACUCGCGGGGAGUACGAGUCACUGGCGGUACAGGAGUAUUAUGGCAACGACGAAGAGAAGCGUGAGCAGGAUCUAGGCGAUCGCCGCAUCAACAUCUUCCCUGACCCAGAGGAGCAUGACCGCGACAACGAAGAUGAUAGUCAAAGCAACCUCCGAUUCAACCCACUCAUGCUCAACCCACCAACACCCCAGCCUGUCCUGAGUGAUACUGCCGAGAACACCGAUCCGAUUCGACGUGCCGCGCUGAGUGAUAACCCGAACUUGUCUCACAACUCCAAGGCGCAAGUGCCUGUUCCCGAUUUCGAGGAUAUUGAAGAAAAGAAGUCUUCACGGAAACGCAACAAGAUGGCCGCAUACCAAUCUCUCAGAAAGAGCGACAGUGACGAUGAGGACGAGCACCUAAGCACCAAUGACACCUCGCCUGGCAUCGCCGAGGGAGAUCGCCAGGGCCGUGUCGUCAGUAACUCAGGUGCAGACACGGCACGCUUGGGCGUUGUGGCGGGUGUCGGAGCAUCUCUGUCCUCGUAUGGAAGCUACAUCGCCGGUCUGGGCGUGGGUCGCCGCCGCGAUGUGAGCGGCAAGGUCGCUGAAGAAGGACGCAGUGGUGCAGACAAAAACGAGAGUCCCAGCCCGAGUCCGACACAGAGCAAGGGCUCUGAACCCGUUCGAGCUGCUGGAUGGGCACGAUUCGCGGGACUGUGA